CCUACUAUCAUCUUCAAAAAAAAUAUAUAUAAAAAUAUCAUCAUCUUCUAUCACCUCAUCUUCUGCAUAUACAUACAUACAAAUUGUUGCCGAGGGCUGCUAGAAAAGUUCUCCUAUAUAUUAUUCCUAUUAUUCCUAUAUAUUAUUCCUAUAUAUCCUAUAUAUUACUACUCCAUUUAACGCGUUAAGAGAAAGGAAAUAAAAAAAAAAAAAUAACCCGAAACCUUUGGGGGUUCGUAUCCUCUGAACUUAUCCAAGGCUCCCAUAUUAUGUCCUCUGGACGAGAGACAAAACCAAAAGGUUUUGCACCCGUCAAAAUUAUAAGAAGGAGUACAUCCUCAUCUCCAGUUCCUCCUUCGCAUCCGUUAGCAAGAUCUGCGAAUACCAGAUCCAAGAGCGAGUCCCUGACGCCAACGCUACCAAAACCGCAGAGCAUCUCACGAACCCCAAUAGGAACCCGAUCCGUCACUCGGAAGACAGUUUCUGCAACCACGAUGGCUUUUGCGACGUUCAUUUCCGUGUGCGAUAAACUAACCCAUUUUGAGGCCAAGAUCAAUGAACCAUCGACUUCUGAGUCCACUCAAUACGCCCUUGAGGUCCGCCGUGACCACGUAAAGAAACUUUGGGAGACGAUUGAGAGCGAGUACGACAAAUGUUCCCAAGUUCUCCAGCAGGAAGCCUCCAGCAGUGGUGAGUGGCAGGCAAUAGAAGCCAAGUAUGACUACUGCUAUUCCGUUUAUGAACGCUGUGUAGCCCAGCUAACAGAGGUUAUCGAAAGAAUGUCCGUUCCAACUCUUACAAGGGCAUCAAGUACUGCCCAACUGUCCAUGUCUAGCGGAUGCCGACUUCCGCCCUGUGACACUGAAGUUUUCAGGGGGGAUUACUUACGGUGGCCAACGUUCCGCGACCUUUUCACUGCUAUCUAUGUCAACAAUCCGAGGUUGACGCCGGUGGAAAAGUUAUUCCAUUUAAAUGCCAAAACAGAGGGAGAAGCGAAGGCUAUAGUAGCAAAAUCUCCACUCACGCAUGACGGUUUUGGAUCGGCUUGGACCGCGCUUUGUGACCGUUUUGAAAACAAGCGUCUUCUUGUCAACAGCCAAUUAAAAAUCCUGUUCAAUCUUCCCGUAGUGGUUGUUGAGUCCGGUGCAGCUUUAAAGGAGCUGCAAAGUACCAUCCAAGGCUGUCUCACGGCGUUAGAACACUCCAAAAUUUCAAUCGAUAAUUGGGAUUGUCUUCUCGUAUUUCUCUGCUCCUCCAAGCUUCCGAAAUUGACCCUUUCUUUGUGGGAACAAUCCUUGUCCAAUAAGUGCGAGAUACCCGCAUGGCAUGAAAUGAACUCGUUUCUCAGCGAACGAUAUCGCGCCCUGGAAGCCAUAGAGGAUGUUAAACCCAGCUCCAGCAUUAAGAUGGUUAACUCCCAACCGCCUUCAAAGAACACAGGCUCAAAAAGGAUCAACUCCUUUGAGACCAACGUGACGCAAGGACCCAAAAACUGUGACCUUUGCGCAAAAGAGAAUCACCCAGUGCGGGUAUGUCCUCGGUUUCUCCAAAUGCCCGUCAGUGAACGAUCCGCAUAUAUAAGGAGAAAGAAAUUGUGCUUAAACUGUUUCGCUGGGGGACACCAACUUAAAGAGUGUACCAGUAAGCACAAUUGUUUCACGUGUUAAGGGCGCCACAAUACGCUCCUGCACAGAGCUGACCUUCCUCAGUUGACUACAAUUCAAUACAAUAAUAAUCCUACUACUUCAACUAUACAGUCCACUACGCCUACCAAUGUGCAAAGUUAUCUAGCGGCAGCCACACAAGGUGUGCUGUUAAGUACGGCAAUGAUAAAUGUCUGUCACUUAGGAGUGACAUAUACUGCAAGGGCCUUACUCGACUCCGGGUCUGAGGCUACUUUUAUCUCGGAGCGUCUCUUUAGGAUUUUGAAGCUACCGUACCAAUCCGUACAAGCUAGAGUUUCCGGCUUAAAUCAAGCAGUAGCUGCCCAAUCAACUAAGAUGUGCCAUUUUCAAAUUGGGUCGCCAAUAAAACCUAGACUACACAUCGAGGCAGAAGCAUUUGUCGUGCCACUUCUAUCCGGAAAGUUGCCUUCAACCUCCAUACCAAAGGAGCAGUUAAAGGACCUUCCCAGUUUUACAUGGGCUGAUCCUUCGUUUUUCGAGAUCUCACAAAUUGAUUUGCUGAUUGGGGCGGAUAUUCUUCCGUCUAUUCUUCUGAGUGGCUCGAGGACAAAGAUUUGUGGCACUCUGUUAGGUCAGGAAACAGUAUUUGGCUGGAUCCUGAGUGGGCCAGUCUCCAAGGCCGUGCCAAAAUCUAUUUCGAACUUUUCCACAAAGGUCUCGAUAAGCUCUGAAGCUAAACUCGAGAAACUUCUCACAAAGUUUUGGGAGGUGAAGGAUCUUCCAGGGAAGCCGGUAAAAGAGUCCGAUUCUUUCUGUGAGAAGAACUUUGUGCAAACAACAAGGAGAGAUGACACUGGGAGAUAUGUCGUCACCCUACCAUUCCGAAGUUGUGAUCGGAUUGAUCUAGGGCAUUCAAGAUCCAUAGCACUGGCUCAAUUCCUAAAGAACGAAAGCCGUUUGAGAAAAAAUCCAACUCUUAAAGAAGAAUAUGAAGCAGUAAUCAGGGAUUACUUAGACCAUCGGCAUAUGUCUCCAAUCGUUCCAGACUCCAGUGGGAAGAAUUUCUACUUGCCUCAUCACGCCGUUUUUAAGCCAGAUAGCACUACUACCAAGGUUCGUGUAGUAUUCAAUGCUUCCUGCCCUACUUCCAAUGGAAAGAGCCUGAAUGAUAUCCUUCAUCCAGGGCCUGUGUUACAGUCCGAUUUGACUUUGCAGGUCUUACGCUGGCGGUUCUUUCGCUUCGUUUUCAAUGCCGACAUUACGAAAAUGUACCGGCAAAUUCUCGUUGCUCCAGAGCACACUCCAUUCCAAAGAAUCCUGUUUCGUGAUGCAAAUGACCAAAUCUGUGACUAUGAACUCAAAACAGUCACAUUUGGAGUAAAUUGUGCUCCGUUCCUUGCAAUAAGAGUAUUGCAGCAGUUGACGAAAGAUGUGAGAACGACUUUUCCAUUGGCAAGUGAAAUUAUUUCUACUUCUAUGUACGUAGAUGACGUACUGGCUGGGGCUCACACAAAGCAAUCUGCUGGUGUAGCUAUUGAACAGCUACGUGCGGCGCUCAGGAGCGCAGGAUUUCCGUUGCGCAGGUGGACGUCCAACUCCAAGUGCAUUCUCAAGGACAUUCCUAAAGAUCACUUGCUAAGAGAGGGUUUCUUAGAGCUAGAUGAUCAGAGCACUGCCAAAACUCUCGGGAUUCGUUGGCAGGCAAAUAAAGAUGAAUUUUUCUUCGUCCCGUCCGAUAUUACUCCAAAGGCAGUCCUCAGUAAACGGGAGGUACUGUCACAAAUUGCAAGACUUUUUGACCCGGCAGGAUGGCUGGCACCUUUCGUGAUCCGAGCAAAAAUCUUUAUGCAGGAGAUUUGGCUCCAACAGCUGGGUUGGGACGAUCCACUCCCUGCUGAGCUCAUGGGAAAAUGGAACGAAUUUCUUAUGAGCUAUCCUACUAUAAACCAAAUCCGAAUUCCAAGAUGGGUGAAAUUUGGUCCACAAUCCAAAGUUCAAUAUCACGGCUUCUGCGAUGCAUCGCAGCAAGCAUAUGGAGCCGCGAUCUAUGUCCGAAUUGAACACGCUCAGGAGGUUUCUAUUUCUCUUUUGACCGCUAAAACUCGCGUGGCUCCAGUAAAGACCAUGUCCAUACCACGCCUUGAAUUAUGCGGUGCAGUUCUUCUGGCUGAGUUAUUCCAAUCGGUUGUUCCACAACUCCCUCCUAAUGACUUCGACACAUUCUACUGGACGGACUCCACGAUAGUGCUAGCAUGGUUAAGCAAACCGCCAUGUACCUGGACAUGUUUUGUGGCAAACAGAAUUGCCAAGAUUACACAGUCCGUAGACGUGGGUUUCACGUGCGGUCUGAAUUCAAUCCAGCUGACUUGGCUAGUAGAGGCGUGGCUCCACAGGAUCUCGUUUCAAGUAACUUGUGGUGGAAUGGCCCACAAUGGCUACAGCUUCCUAAGGAGCAAUGGCCUACUCUAAUAGAAUCCGUACCUG